AUGUAUCGAUACUUUGAGGCUGUGCUCGCUCGCAUACUUCCCCCUCUCCACCGCAAGUACGGCCGAUCCCAACUUCCAGUGGUCAGUCGCCGUCUCGUUGCGGUCAAAUGUGCACGCCAUAUUACCGACUGCCUUGGCUGACCCCCUGAUUAACCCUGAUCUGUAGAAAUCUACUGCCGGUGAGCUUCCACUUCGUCGAGCACGAUCAUCCAAGAUGUUGUUGCUACAGUACGUCAUGGGAAUCCUUCCUUACGAGGUUUCGAUCGAGAAGUGUGCCAAGUUCGGCAAUGGAUCUUCGGUUUCACCCGCUGCCGAAACGCUUGAAGUUGUACGUACAGACCCUCGCGGGUUCCGUUCGCCCGAGCCUAUCGACUGUAGGCAUUAGUCUGGGCUCCGAUUGUUCAAGCGGAUGCCAUUACAUUUCUUGCAAAGCGAACUGGCUGACCUCGGAACGAUCGCACUCACUCGGAGCCUCCCCUCAGGUGAACAUGUCCAAUCUGCCGCGUUCAGCACAUGCCUGGGUCCGUCUCAUCCUCCCGAUCUCCUGUCAUCACACUCCUCUAACAACCAAUUUUCGAUUCUCCAUUGCAUGGCGCGCGUUACCUCCUUCGCUCGAUCCCGCGCAGUGGGCACUCCAACUUCAUCCCCCGCACACUGCAGUGCGAUCCCUUUGAACACCUGUACCGCACGGUCUCGAACUUCGACUCCGCGAUGGUCGAUCAACAUUGACAUAGUCAAAGGUGAGUAUUGGGUGUUUUUACUCUUUCCCUUUUUCAUCUAGAUGAAAAAAAUAUGGGUGUUUGAGCUAAAUGAGUGCGCUCUCUGCACAGUCCUAUCCUGACUGCGCAGUCCGAAACCGACGAUUCUUGUUCGAGCACGGUCUCCUUCCUAGUCACUUUUCCAACGGCAGUCUCAUGACCGAUUGA